AUGGCAACUGAAGAGUCCAUCAUCCAUCCCCCUUACCACUACAUCCAUGUGCUGGACCAGAACAGCAAUGUGUCCCGUGUGGUGGUUGGGCCAAAGACUUACAUCCGGCAGGACAAUGAGAGGGUCCUGUUUGCCCCCCUGUGCAUGGUGACCGUCCCCCCACGCCACUACUGCACAGUGGCCAACCCCAUGUCCCGGGAUGCACAGGGCUCGGUGCUGUUCGGUGUCACGGGGCAAGUACGGCUCCGCCACGCUGACCUGGAGAUCCGGCUGGCCCAGGAUCCCUUCCCCCUGUACCCAGGGGAGGUUCUGGAAAAGGACAUCACCCCGCUGCAGGUGGUUCUGCCCAACACGGCGCUCCAUCUCAAGGCGUUGCUGGAUUUUGAGGAUGAGAAUGGAGACAAGGUAGUCGCAGGAGAUGAGUGGCUAUUUGAAGGACCUGGCACAUACAUCCCGCAGAAGGAGGUGGAGGUCGUAGAGAUCAUACAGGCCACAAUCAUCAGGCAGAACCAGGCCCUGCGGCUGAGGGCCCGCAAAGAGUGCCGGGACCGGGACGGCAAGGAGAGGGUGACGGGAGAGGAAUGGCUGGUCCGCUCGGUGGGUGUGUACCUCCUCGCAGUGUUCGAGGAGGUCCUGGACUUGGUGGACGCCGUGAUCCUCACAGAAAAGACAGCGCUGCACCUCCGGGCUCUGCAGAACUUCCGCGACUCAAGGGGAGUGGCCCGCCGCACUGGGGAGGAGUGGCUGGUGACGGUGCAGGACACGGAGGCCCACGUGCCCGAUGUCUACGAGGAGGUGUUGGGGGUUGUGUCUAUCACCACCUUGGGCCCCCGCAACUACUGUGUGAUUCUCGACCCAGUUGGACAGGAUGGCAAGAACCAGAUGGGGCAAAAGCUUGUGGUCAAGGGAGAGAAGUCCUUUUUCCUCCAGCCGGGAGAGAGGCUGGAGCGAGGGAUCCAGGACGUGUACGUGCUGUCGGAGCAGCAGGGGCUGCUGCUGAGGGCCCUGCAGCCCCUGGAGGAGGGGGAAGGUGAGGAGAAGGUCUCGCACAAGGCUGGCGACCACUGGCUCAUCCGUGGCCCCCUGGAGUACGUGUGGUCUGCCAUGGUGGAGGUGGUGGAAGAGCGCCAGGCCCCUCUGGACCAGAACGAGGGCAUCUACGUGCAGGACAUCAAGACAGGAAGGGACCACAUCUCUGACCUCUCUAAGAGUCCAACCUACAAGUAUCCAGGUAGUGUUAGUGUAUGCCACCUGGUCCCUAGGAUGACAUCAGUCCUUGGGACACCAGCCAAGCUGCCCAGGAAGGAAAAUUCCAGAAGAAAUAAUAUCAGGCACUUACUAUAUGCCAAGUCCUCAGCACUAGACAUGUGA